CGAAAGUCGAAACCCUAUCCAAACUCCGCGCCUCUCUCUCUCUCUCCCCCUCCCUAGUUUCAAAUGAGCGCCUGCAAAACCCUAGCUCGCACCUCCCUCUUCUCCUUGGAAUCCAAGAUUCGGAGACCCAGAAGAGCUCUCCCUUCGAAUUCCUCCGCUCUUAGCUUCCAUUCUCUCGCCUCCUCCCCUCUCCGCUUCCCCCUCGGCCUCCUACGUCUAGGGUUACAUGGAACCAAACCCUUCUCCAAACCCUACUCUUCCGAAGCCGCCGCCGAUCUAUUGGACGAUUCUGGCGACCCGUCGGAGGACACCGUGGAGGAAUUACUCUCGAAAGGAGACAGGAUCGAGCGGCUGAUGAAGAUGGAGCGGAGGUCAGAGGCCGAGCAAGGGCGGACUCGGUGGUUUCCCUAUCUCGAUCUCUUUAGGUCUGGGAUGGCGUCGCUGAGGAGCGAGGAGAUUAUAGAGGCACUGGAUUCGUAUAUAAUGGAGGCGAGGAAGGAGAGGAUAAGGAGGGCAGUGGAGAAUCGGAGCUAUUCGGUGUGUUUGGUGGUUGAGGGGCUGACGGAUUAUGGGAAUGUGUCAGCUGCGUUCCGUUCGGCGGAUGCUCUUGGGAUUCAAUCGGUUCAUGUGAUUUCGAGUGAUAACCGGAAAAGGUAUAGAGAUAAUCGCCAUGUCAGCAUGGGUGCUGAGAAGUGGCUGGACAUCGAGCUCUGGAAUUCACCUAUGCAAUGCUUCAUGGCUCUGAGAAAGCGUGGUUAUCGCAUUGCAACUACUCAUUUGGGAAAUGAUUCGGUUUCUGCUUAUGAGUUGGAUUGGUCACAUCCGACUGCUAUAGUUGUUGGAAAUGAACAUAUGGGUAUAAGUGAUGAUGCCCUGCAACUGUCUGACUUGCACUGUAGCAUUCCAAUGAAAGGCAUGGUGGAUUCUUUCAAUGUUUCUGUUGCUGCAGGCAUUCUCAUGCACCAUGCUGUAUGUGACAGGGUUUCUCGCCUGGGUCAGCAUGGCGAUUUAACACCUGAAGAAAGUCAGAUCCUUCUUGCAGAAUUUUUCUUGCGUCAUAGAGAGGGUACCAUUAGCAUUGUUCAUGAAUAUGCAAAACGGAAGGUGGACAAGCUCACGAGUAAAGCUUGAAAAAGACAAGAAAUAAGAUGCAACGAUUCUUAUCUUUAAUGAUGGAACACUAUCGAGGAUUUCAAAGGUGGAUGAAGAAGAUUCAGAUUUACAUGUUGAUGCACCGUCUGCAGGCAAAUGGGACCAGACAGCUGCUUUUGUAGACUAGAUUAUAUAGCCAAUUACUGAUGAAUGGAGAUAUUAUCAAUAGCUUGAAAUCUUCUUUUUAUUGUAUGAAUUACAUGGCAUUUCUUAUUUGAAAUUCCUACAGUCUUGUACCAGUUGUAUGUUGGAUAUACUUUUUGAGUGUCACCAGUCUUCAGAGUUGCAAUUAGUGCCUUGUGUCUAUCAAGCAAAAGAAGCAUGGUCUGAGGUGUUCCAUUAAGCAGGAGGUUUUCAAUAAUGUGCUGAUGAUCCAUGCCAGCAGAUGCGUGGAAGGACUGAUGCAACAUAUUGAUCAAAGUUGCCCUCUUUUUAUUGUAGGAACCUUGUCUUCAUUAUGAUUCGCUCAGAUCUAACUUCUAAAUUUUGUAAUAUCUGAAAGUCAGGUCCUUUGAUAGCAUAUGAAAACACUAAAUUGCUGCUCCACCCUGAUAAUGAUCAUGAUCAUUCU